AUGCUGAACCGCGGCAGUACCGCUGCCACCGUCUCGGGCGGUAACAACAGUAUCUACCCCACCACUCGCUCCAAGGAUGUCGAUGCAGAUGCUGUUGGUGGAAGUGGCCCUAUGGGAGAAAACGACUCCGCAGCUCGCGAGAGUGCUUUUGCCCAAAGCCCUGGUCGCCCAAUGCGUGCUGGUAGAGCCGCUGGCGAGUCGAGAUCCGAACACACAUCUUCUGGCGCUGUGCUAGACCCCAACGAAGGCGGCGAGGCCGUGCUGGAAGAUAUUGAGGGAGGAAGAGGAGAGCAAGAGUUAGUUGAGGAAGAGCAGGCACAAGACGAAGACGACGAGGAGGGCGGCGGCAGUGACGAAUUGGGAGCCGACCCAAUGGGCCAAUCCACAGCCAACGAACUCACAAUCCUCGAGCAAUUCGACAAGCAAGAAGUCACAGCCGUGCCCUUUGAGCCCGAAACCGUCUCGCGCGACGAAUACCUCAAGCUCGGCCAAGGAGGUGCCACUAUCGCUGCUGGAAACUUCGCUGGUGUCAUUGAGGAUCGCAUCAAGAUUGUCGCGGAAGCCCAACAGGACGAGUUCCGCUACGCUCCCGAUAUUGCUAAGCGCAUGAUCAAGGGUGAACUCGUGUCAUUCAAGGACGAGCAAGAAAAGGCAGCGGUUCUUGCAACCGUCAAGAAGGAAGACUUCAACUUCUCCGCUCUUUCUGCCAACAGCCAGACUGUCAUGUUCGACAAGUUCGUCCGUGGCGCAUACUCCGACCCCAAGGCCGCACCACACAAGAACAAGGUCCUGAACGAGAUCGCCCGCACCAUCUCGCGCAACUCCACAUACCUCAACAAAGACUCGACCAAGCUCCUCAGAAAGAUUGGUAGCCUCUUGCCUUCAGAGGCCGCUGCGCGCAAGCCCGCCGCCGCCCCUAGAAAGUAA